AAACCCCGUCACCAAAGACCGGGAGAAUUAGGUGCUUAAUCCCGUGCUUUUUAGCCCGCUCCCGUUUUUUUUCUUCUUUUUUUUUUCGCCAUGUCGCAAUGCAUAUGAGUCAGCCCCCACCACCGACUACCACUACCAUUGACUUAUAAGAUAUCCCUCUCCCGGUUGGCGAUCUUCUCAAGCAGCACACUUUCAGAACUCAAGACCAAGAGCAAAACUUUGUCCGUGGGGAGCUUCAUAGACAGAGAUUCGCAUAUCAUGACGUCUGCACGAGAUAUAGCCCAGCGGCCAGCCAAAACUGUCUCGCACAGUCUUAGCAUCUCACCAACGGCCACUUUCCAAUCCCCUCUGUCAAGCCACAGCUUCCAAGCAGGGGGUACCCUCCAGACCAAGCAGCUGAAGCCCUUCAACACCGGGGAUAUCAAGAUCCUGCUGUUAGAGAAUGUCAAUCAAAGCGGCAUAGAAAUCCUCAAAGCGCAGGGCUAUCAAGUGGAGGCCUUGAAGUCUUCAUUGCCAGCAGACGAGCUCAUUGAGAAAAUCAGGGACGUUCACGUCAUCGGCAUCCGGUCAAAGACAAAGUUGACAGAGAAGGUCCUCCGGGAGGCCAAGAAUCUUCUCGUCAUCGGCUGUUUUUGUAUUGGGACAAACCAGGUUGACCUGGGUUAUGCGGCCACGAAUGGCAUUGCCGUCUUCAACUCGCCGUUUGCCAACUCGCGCAGCGUUGCCGAGCUGGUCAUCGCCGAGAUAAUCACUCUGGCUCGCCAGCUGGGCGACCGCUCCCUGGAGAUGCACCGCGGAACCUGGAACAAGGUCAGCGCCAAGUGCUGGGAGAUCCGAGGCAAGACGCUGGGCAUCAUCGGCUACGGCCACAUCGGCUCGCAGCUCUCGGUGCUGGCGGAGGCGAUGGGCAUGACGGUCAUCUAUUACGAUGUCGUCACCCUGAUGGCCAUCGGGAGCGCGAAGCAGGUGCCGACCCUGCAGGCGCUGCUGCAGGAGGCCGACUUCGUCAGCCUCCACGUGCCGGAGACGGCGGAGACGAAGAACAUGAUCUCCUCCAAGGAGCUCGAGCAGAUGAAGACGGGCUCCUACCUCAUCAACGCCAGCCGUGGCUCCGUGGUGGACAUUCCGGCGUUGGUCAACUACAUGCGCAGCGGCAAGAUCGCGGGAGCAGCACUGGACGUGUACCCGAACGAGCCCGGCGCGAACGGCGACUACUUCAAGACCAACCUGAGCCAAUGGGCCGUGGACCUGCAAACGCUGAGCAAUAUCAUCCUGACGCCACACAUCGGCGGCAGCACCGAGGAGGCUCAGCGGGCGAUCGGCGUCGAGGUCAGCGAGGCGCUGGUGAGGUACAUCAACCAGGGCAUCACGCUGGGCAGCGUCAACCUGCCCGAGAUCAUGCUGCGGUCACUCACGCUCGACGAGCCGGACCACGCGCGCGUCAUCUACAUCCACCGCAACGUGCCGGGCGUGCUGCGCAAGGUUAACGAGAUCCUGGCGAACCACAACGUCGACAAGCAGAUCUCGGACAGCAAGGGCGACGUCGCCUACCUGAUGGCCGACGUCAGCGACGUCAAGACCGAGGACAUCGCCGAGAUCUCGGACAGCCUGGAAGCCCUGAGCUCACGUAUCAUGACUCGUGUUCUCUACUAAGGGAUAUGAGAGUGUGAGAGAACCUUUGGAGGUUUCGAUCCGCGAAUGAACUUGCGCCUAAAGACUUCAACAUGGGCACGCAGGAUUCCGUAGGUAAACUAUCCCGUUCCUGGUCUUUUAUGCGUCUAGCGGAGCUUGGCUGGGGCCGGGUAUGAUUAAAAGAUAAAAACGCGUAAAUGGGAUUGUUCAACAAAAAAUUGGGCCAGCAAGGCCAGGGGUUCGCGAAAAUGGGCAUUUAUGCAUUUAUAAUAGAUGGCAAUUAUACUCCGUACAGAGGUACAGGACUAUAGGUUCAUAUAAUCUGCUGCCCUGGAAGAGCUUCAACAAGACAUCUCACCACUGGCAGUGUCCGUCCAUAGUCAUAUAUGAAUAUCGGAAUGCUGGUUUUGCCCGGAUUCCAGAAUUGAGAC